AUGUUUCCCCCAGAGAGCGGAAUUGAUGGUUGGCUGCGAUAUGCCCCUCUAUCCGAGAGCUUGCGCAGCCUCCAUAAGCCAGUAUCUAGCAUCAUUGCACUGAGCACCAACCCAACAAGCCCAGUCUUUAUCGCUGGAGCGGAACUUCGAUGUGGCAUCGAACGUAUCCUCGGACAAAGCGUUAGGGUUGGCUCUCACUUUCACGGUGACGCUAGAGACUCAAUCAUAGUCGGCACUGUGUCAGCUCUGAAAGCGAAUGGAGGACAUCCUCUCCUUCAGUCGGUACCUGCCCUUGAUGAAGACGGAUUUUGGCUCGGUACAAAUGUUAAUGGAAGCAAUGACAUUCACAUUGUCGGCCAAAAUGAGCGAGGAGCCCUAUAUGGAGCAUUCGAAUACCUUUCUCUCCUUGCACAAGGAAAACUGGCCAAGACCAAUGUCCAACAGGCAUACAACCCCGGAGCGGCUAUCAGAUAUGUCAACGAAUGGGACAACCUCGACGGUAGCAUAGAAAGAGGUUACGGCGGCAAGUCCAUCUUCUUCUGUGAUGGAAAGGUCCUGACGGACCUGUCUCGCGUCCGCCAAUAUGCUCGCUUAUUGGCCUCAAUCCGCAUCAAUGGCUGCAUCGUGAACAACGUCAACUCGAGCCACAAUCUUCUCAACGAAACAAAUCUCGAUGGGCUCGGUCGAAUCGCCGAUAUAAUGCGUCCCUAUGGAGUGCGUAUUGGUGUUUCAUUAUUCUUCGACACUCCCCGAGGCCUUGCUGGUCUGCCAACAUCAGAUCCUCUCGAUCCUGAUGUCAUCAAGUUCUGGGAGGAUAUCACGACUAAGCUGUACAAACGCGUACCGGAUAUGCUUGGAUACACCAUCAAGGCCAACUCGGAAGGUCAGCCGGGUCCUUUGACAUAUGGCCGAACACUUGCGCAGGGAGCCAACAUGUUCGCUCGUGCCCUGAAACCUCACGGUGAUGGCAUCGUCAUGUAUCGCGCUUUUGUCUACAACCAUCACCUGGAUGAAACCGAUCUCAAAAAUGACCGAGCCAAUGCUGCGGUUGAGUAUUUCGCCCACCUUGAUGGCGAGUUCGAAGAUAACGUCAUUAUCCAGAUUAAGUUUGGUCCGAUAGACUUCCAGAUUCGCGAGCCCCCCUCGACUUUGUUUGCCCAUCUCCGGAAGACCCCCGUGAUCUGUGAAUUCAUGGUAUGUCAGGAGUACCUGGGUCAGCAGUCGCACUACGUGUACAUGGCACCAGAAUGGGAGACAAUUCUCAGCUUCGACAUGCGAAUUGAUGACAAGCCUUCCCUUGUAAGAGACAUCGCAUCCGGCAAAGUCCACGGAUUGAACAAGGGGGGUUAUGCUGCAGUAACCAACAUCGGGAACGACCCUACAUGGCUGGGACACCAUCUGUCUAUGUCAAACCUCUAUGCUUACGGUCGAUUGUGUUGGGAUGCAACUACUCCAGCGCAGGAUAUCCUGCUGGAUUGGAUUCGCCUGACAUUCAGCGCAGAGAACCAGAAGGUGAUAGACACCAUAUGCGAGAUCGGGAUGGAGUCCUGGCCUACAUAUGAAGCCUAUAGCGGUAACCUCGGGAUCCAAACCCUGUGUGACAUCCUCUACACGCAUUACGGCCCCAGCCCAGGUUCACAAGAUGGGAACGGCUGGGGUCAAUGGACUCGCGCAGAUAGCAAGGCCCUCGGCAUGGACCGCACCGUUGCCACUGGCACGGGCUUUGCAGCUCAAUACCCACCUCAGGUCGCUUCUCAGUUUGAGAGGAUCGAAACAACGCCAGAUGAUCUUCUUUUAUGGUUUCAUCAUGUUCCUUAUACGCAUAAGCUCAAGUCUGGUAAGACUGUCAUCCAACACAUAUACGAUGCCCACUACGAAGGAUCGGCAAAUGCUCAGACCUUUGUGACGAGGUGGGCAUCCCUGAAGGGCCUCAUUGACGAUGCUCGCUUUGAGCACGUUGCGUUCAAGCUUGCGUAUCAAGCAGGCCACUCACUGGCUUGGCGUGACUCGGUGAACAACUUUUAUCUGGCCAAGUGCGGCAUCCCGGAUGAUAAGAACCGUGUUGGGAACUACCCAUGGCGUAUAGAGGCCGAGAACAUGCAUUUGAGUGGCUAUACCAUUGUUGACGUAACCCCCCCUGAAGCAGCGUCUCGUGGACGUGCCAUCGUGGCAUCAUCGUUAGAAAAGGCCGCUGCAACCACGAAACUGUCGUUCCCCUCAAGGAGAUGUGAUAUCGCCGUCAAUUACUUUGAUCACACUGGUGGGCAUGCACGAUACGAGCUUCUCCUAGAUGGAAAGAUUGUUGGAGAGUGGACUAGUAACCUUGACACGCGGCUCGGCCAUGACUUCUCAGAGUAUCUAGACGGACACUCGGCCACUAGAGUUUACUUCCGUGGUGUUGAUGUACGAGAGGGCGCCGAGCUGACUGUAAUCGGUUACCCAGAUGAAAAGGACCUGGCACCACUGGAUUACAUCUCGUUUUUGCCGGAAGGCGUGGUGGAUUAA